AGCGUGCAAAGCGAGCAGAAGAGCAGAGCAUACACAUGCAGCCCGCACAAUAACAAACAACAUCAGCAGCAGCAGCAAUUCGUAGGAACCAUGUCUCCGUCGUCAGCUGGGAUGGAGGAGAGCCAGACAGAGACGGACACGAGAGAAGAGCAGCGGCCUGUGCGGCAGUCCCUGAGCGAGGCGCUAUGCCGCGAGUCGCACUGGAAGAGCCUGGUUCUCUCCGUGCUCAUGUACGGCUGCCUGGGCGCGCUCGCAUGGUGCCAGCUGACGCGCGUCACCGUCUUCACGUUCGACGGGCCGUUCCGCGCGGGCCGCCCGCUCGCCUACCAGCACAGCCCGUGCUCCAGCGGCUACGUGUACAUCCCCCUCGCCUUCCUGCUCAUGCUCUACGUGGUGUACCUCGUGGAGUGUUGGCACUGCUACGCGCGCGGCCAGACGCAGCAGCGCGCCGAGACGGGCGGCGUGUACGAGCGCGUCGAGCGCAUGCAGGCGGCCACGCCGUGCAUCUGGUGGAAGGCGAUCAGCUACCACUACGUGCGGCGCACGCGCCAGGUCACGCGCUACCGCAACGGCGACGCCUACACCACCACGCAGGUCUACUACGAGCGCGUUAACACACGAGUGGCCGAGGCCGAGUUCGACUACGUGAACUGCGGCGUCAAGGACAUCUCCAAGGGGCUGAUGGAGCUGGAGCAGCACCCGGUGACCAAGCUGCGCUUCACCAAGUGCUUCAGCUUCGCCAACGUGGAGUCGGAGAACGCGUACCUCACGCAGCGCGCCCGCUUCUUCACCGAGAACGAGGGCCUCGACGACUACAUGGAGGCGCGCGAGGGCAUGCACCUCAAGAACGUCGAGUUCAAGGAGUGCGUCGUGGCCUUCUCCGACCCCGAGCGGCCGCCGUGGUACGUGUCGCGCCGCGUCUUCUGGCUGGCGGCCGUCGUGAUGCUGUCGUGGCCGCUGCGCGUGCUCAUCGAGUUCCGCACGGCCUACGUGCACUACCACGUGGAGAAGCUCUUCGGGCUGGACUACGUGCCCGGCGUGACGCCGUCCGACGAGCCGGCGCCCUGCCGCCGCAUCCCGCGCGUCAGCACCGUCGACAGCAUCGAGCUCGAGUGGCGCAUUCGCUCCAACCGUCAGCUGGUGCCAAGCUACUCCGAGGCGGUGCUCAUGACCGUGGGGGCGGCGAGCGCGGCGUGCGGCGCCGGCGGGGGCGCCGGUGGCAGCGCCGGCGCCCUCGCCGCCAGCGGCUCGGGCUUCAUCCGGCACUGCGAGCGGUGCCACCGCACGCGCAGCAGCCUCAGCAUCUUCUCGCGCGGCGCUUCGCAGAGCAACAGCAAUGGCAACACGGCGGCCACCAACACCACCACGUGCGGCUCGCGCUUCUCGUUGGCGGCCAGCCGCUUCUCGCUGGCGCGGCUCUAUGGCUCGUGGCGCAACGGGCUGUGCGGCAGCGGCGGCCGGGUGGCGGACGCCAACGGCGACUGUAGCUGCGGCGGCGAGAACUCGCGCUGCGUGUCACGGCACCACAUCGUGGCGCACGAGGAGCCGCCGCCCGCCUACUGCGACGCGCUCUACUUCCCUGUGCUCAUCGUGCACCGCACCGAGGGCUGCGUCGGCACCGAGCCGGCGUCCACGCAGACGCCCUCCCAAACCCUGCAGAGCCGCGGACACAGCAUGGAGACGAUUCUGUAGCGGGCGCCCAACUCGGCGGGGCGGAGCCGUCGAAGUGAGC